AUGGCGAGAAGCGCAGCUCCUGCCCCUGCUGCGACCACGUCCAGCAGAGUCAGGAACAAAAAGCUUUCCUACAGGCAAAAGCUAUGCGUUCAACGUGGCUCGCAUCUGCUCAACGCCGCCACUUCGGUGGUGGCGGGACCAGAGCCCGAGUUCGAAGGGCAGGAGCAUGCCCAGGAUUCUAACCUCGGUGUCGACGCCAGCGAGAUCUCGGAGCACCAUCUUCAGGCAGCCUUGUCAUCGAAUCAGCUUGCGACCUCAGAAGGCAACACGGCAGCCGAGACCGCGAAAGCAGCCUACAGCAUUCCUGUCCCCGAUGCACACGGCACGCUCUCCAACGCUGAGUUUUCCGAGCUCUACCCUUCGGGCGUCUACUCGGACCCGGUCACCUACAUCCGUUGGUCCGACACGGUCGAGGAUUGCAUCAAGGGUCCCAGCUACAACAUGGACGAAGAUGACCAGGACUGGCUCGAGACACGCAAUGCAAAGGCGCAGGAGGAUCUGGCGACGGCGAUUCGCAACACCAAGUCGGGACCUCUGGCGGGCACCGGUGGAAAGGGUAAGGCAAAGGAGAAGCUGCGCGAAGAUGCCAUCGAGAAACUCGUCUCUGAAAACCAGGGCAGCUAUCGCGUGCUGUCCGAGGACCAGUUCGAGAUGAUCAUGACCGUCUUUGAACAAGUCACUUCCGAGCAGGUUCCUUUUCUCCACCUGGACGUGACCAAGAUCCCGACGUGCGAAGAGCUCCUCGCCUACUUUGACCCAUCGUCCUCCAUCUCUGCCCUCGCCCAACCCGACUUACCUCAGCUGAACUGGGAAAAGACCGUCGGCGCUAGCGCCGCUUCCUCUCAAGCUCGUCGACCCUCCAUCGCCGGCGGUGCUGCCUCUCGCUCCCUUCCAAGUCCUUCCCUUUACUCUUCAGAAUGGUCGCCACGGAAUCCGUACAAGAAUCUGGCCGAUCUCAAGGCGCUUGCGAACGUCGUCUACCCACAUUGGAAGAGCCGUCGUGAGGACCGCGAAGGUCGACCGAUCACUCCGUACCUCAACUUCGACGAGACGAACGACAAUGACCCCUACGUCUGCUUCCGCCGACGUGAGGUCAAGCAGAUCCGCAAGACGCGCAAGACCGAUGCGGUCCACAUCGAAAAGAUGAUCCGACUCCGGGCCGAACUCGAGCAUGCCGUCGCGUUGACCGAGCUGGUGGCUCAACGAGAAAAGACCAAGCGUGCGUCGUUGCGGCAGAGCCGCGAAUGCUGGGAGGGCGUUAAGGACCUCAUGGAUAUUAAACGUCAUUGGGGUAUUGUUGGCCCACAGCAAGGGUUGGAAGACGAGGAGCUCAUCUCUGGGGAACGCAGGGAUCCAACACAGGCGUCGUCAGGGCCUGCCAAGAAGAAGCGCAAAACGGACGAAGCUGCGACGACGAUCAAGUUGGCGGGACGCAAGUCCCGCGGUGGCGAAGCCGACGGUACCUCAGCGGGUGCGGCAGCGGCAGCGGCUGGCGGCGUCUCGGGAAUGGGCUCCGCCAUUCUCGAACGUGUUCAUGCCGUGCAAGCGUACAUCGAGCGCGAAUGCUUGCGCAAAGCCGACUCGGACCUCGGCUGGGAAGAGGGCAGCGACGCUGCCUUCCAGCCUAUCCCUGCGCCAGCGCCGUUGCGAGCUUUCCGACCAAUCCACGCCGAGUCUUCCGACGAUCCACUGCCCUUCUCGCCGCUCUCCACACGGGCAGGCCGUCCCCCCUCCUUCCGCAGGCGUGUCGGGCGAGGUGGUCGUGUCUUCUUGGACCGCCGCCUUCCUGUGCCUAGCCCUGUGCCCACUAGCCUCACAGACUGGCCACGCUACGGUCGCACCCGAUCCGAGCUGCCAGGCCACGAGGCUCGUGAGGCUGCCCCGUCACAAGAGCUCGAGUCGGAGCCGACGCGAGCAUCCUCGAUGCUUCCUGAUGUCGGACUUGCCAGCUCCCCGCCGUCAAGCAAGAAGACGUUGACAGGGCCAUUUGCCUUCUCGCCCGACCUCCACCCGCACCUGCUAGCCUCCGCGACGCAUCCUUCUGUGCAGUCGUUCCUAAACCAAGGCAACGACACUUUUGGCGGCCCUUUUGCGCAUACCGGCCCUUUUGCUUCCGCAUCUUCGAGACAGUCGUCCGACGACGUUUCGGGCUCGCAGCAUUCUGACGCUUCGAGCACGUCGUCCGACUCGAGCGAUCGCUCCCGACUCAGUGGCACGUCCGUGGGUGUCGUUAGCACGCAAGCCACCGAGGUGGGCGACAUCGAUAUGUUGGGACUGGACGAGGCGCACGACAAGCGUGACGGCGAGCUGCAGCGAACUGCAUCGGACGAUGACGACUCUGAACCCGAUUCCGAGUUUGAUCGCGAGCACGAGCUUCGGCGGUGGACAAAGCUGGAAGAGCAAUGGAGGUACGACGACGAGUCGGGCCGCUUCGCUGGUCUCGGCCUUACAGCGCUUGGAGGCAUGGAGGACGACGACGAGGCAGUUUUGGACGACUUUGACCAGAAGUUUAUGCGCUACAGAAUGACGCUGCUGGAAGAGAUUGACCUUCUCAAGCUUUCGACGGAUCUCACUAAUCUGCAACAGGCGCAAGCGGCUGCCGAAGCGCCGGCACCCAAGCCCGCGGGGUACGUCGAGCAGCCAGCCUCGUCUUCCUCCGCGGUUGCGAGUGCUGUGGCUGCAUCCGCCAAGGUUACGGGCACCCCUGUCGCAGCAACAGCAGCACCUGCUACUCUACCCGGUGUUCCGAGUGCGGCGACCUUGCCGAUGCCGUCAGCGGCGCGUACAGCAGCAUCGACGGGCGGUGGCGGCUCACAGAGCGCGUUGCAGGCGCAGCAACUGCAAGCACAGCAACAGCAGCUCCAGAUGGCUAUCUUGCAGCAGCAACAGCAGCAGCAGCAAGCCGCUGCCGCAGCACAGGCACAAGCACAGGCACAAGCGGUGGCUCAGGCGCAAGCCCAGCAAGCCGCACUCUUGCAACAGCAACAAAAACAGCAACAGCAGCAACAGCAGCAUCAAACACAACAGCAGUUGCAACAGCAGACGCAAGCAUUACCACAGCCGCAGAUUCCGCAACCGCAGCAACAACAACCGCAGCAGGUCCAACAGCCAGGCGCACAGCAACAGCUUACGCAGGCGUUCGGAAGCCAGAUCAUGUCUCUCUCGCACAACAAUAACCAGCAGGCACAGCUGGCAGCCUUUGCCGCCGCGCAGCAGCAAUUGCAGGCUGCUCAACAAGCUGCGGCCCAGCAACAGCAGCAGCAGCAGAGGCGCAUGAGCGGAGUAGUUCAGCAGCAGCCACAGCCGCAGCAGCAGCAGAUCGGCUUGCCCGUGCAGAUGCAAGUGGGAAUGCCCAUCCAAAUGCAAAUGCAACUGCAGAUGCAAAUGGCCGCCGCUGCAGCUCAAGGUCAAACUCACCUGCUGGGACAGUCGAUGCCAUUCGACGCCACCUCGAUUCAAGCACAGAUGCAGCAGGCGCAGCAGCACUUGGCUCGGUCCAUGCCGCCACAGAGCAUGGCGCACUCAUCACCCAUGCAGGCUGCCGCCUUCACCGUACCCAGCGCCGCCCAGCCGUUCGGUAUGAAUCUAACCUUGAACAUGACCGGAAACGCUGGCAGCCCGCCGAUGCAGCACGCAAGGGUAAGCUCUCAACCGCAACAGCAAAUCGCACGUACCUCGGCAUCUCCAGUUCCAGCAGCGGCUAAUGGGCAGAACACUGGUCGAACCAACCCUUCGCCCGUAAUGCAAGCAGGUCUCGUGAUGCCCCAGCAGCAGCAACAGCAACAACAGGCGCAGCAGGCCGGAGCCAUCAACCUGAAUCUGAGCCUGGCAGCAGCGCAAAUGAAGAACGGAGCUGCCACCAUGCAACAAUUUCAAGCGCUUCAGCAACAGGCCCAGAUGCUGCAGCAGGGGCAACAGGGCAACGCGACGGCGGCUCAAUUAAUGGCGAUGAAGGCUGCGUUGGCGCAGGACGCCAAUAUGAACUUGCGCUUGCCUCCCAACCGAGCUCUGCAAAUUGCACAGCAGGCUGCUCAGGCUGCUUUCGGCGCCCAGCAACAGCAACAACAGCCGCAGCAACAGCAAGCACAAGCCAAUGGCGGCGCAUCGAAUCAAGGAUCGCCCGCGAUGUCUCGCGCCUCCACCGCCGGUUCUCCUCGUUUCGCUGCCAACGGCAUUAAUGGAGCGAUGGCUGGCAGCUCGCCCGUGCAGAACGGCACUUCGGCCACCACCAAUGCGACCAAUUCGCCGUCACCGCAAAUCUCGGCUGCCAAUCGAGCCGCUAUCGCCGCCGCGACGAACGCAGCCAACGCCAAGAUGAUGGCGGCCCAGUCGCCUAUUUCGUACCACGCCUCGCCGGUGCAGGCCAACAUGAACCUGCACGCAGUGCAGCAACAGCAGCUCAAGAAUGCAGCAGCAGCCGCGGCCGGUGCUGCUGCCGGUGCUGCUGGUUCGCCUCAUCUCGCCACAAGAGCUUCGCCACAGACGCAGCAAGGAUGA